AUAAACAGAGCAAACAGCACCCGCACACUGCAUAUUACUGCAGAAAACAAAGCUGGUCUUUACAACCUAACAGCUACCCACAACUCAAACUAAACCUAAGAGACAAUCUAAUGUACUAGUUAGCAAAGCAUACAGCGGAAGACAAGGUGUUUUAUAUACACACAGCAAAGAAACUACGAGCGACGUAAGUUAAAAGUCUGUCAACUUUCGGUGUCCAGCCCCACCGAUUCUCUAUUCUACAGAUCUAGGUUUACAGACUCUGUAGGAGCCACAUUACCUAGUCCUUAAUAUUUUUUUUCCUUUGAAUCUUCGUGUUUCACAAGAAAAUCUCGCAGCAAUGAAUCCUCAAGGUGACGCAACCAGAGAGAACAAUUAUAUUAACAAUGAAAAUGACGUGAGUCAUCCUGAACCCGAAUCAUCGGAGGGGCUCCUUACUUUAUUUCCCCUCACUCCUGAAAGGUUGAAUGAAAGGUUUCAUCAGCCACAAAGGGAUCUCCCUGAAGAAGGUGCAUUGGGAUCAAACAGAACUAAGAGAAGCUCCACUGAGCAUGGAGAAAGUUCAAGCAUGGGUGAACAGGCCAAACGACGUGUCACUGAGUCGCAUGAAAGUUCCUCAUCACCACCAUUACCGGUUGAGAGGCAGUUACACGAGUUCUUUAGGGAAACUGAAUCUGCAGACAUUCAACCUCAACUAAUUCAAGGUUGUAAUGGUGUCAUGCAACAUGUUCCUCCAUCCAUAAGUACAAAUGCUCUACCUCAACCUCAACAACCUCAACCUCAACCUCAACCUCAACCUCAAACUAUUCAAGCCGUGAUGGUACCACUACCCUUACAAUUCAGAUACUUUAAUGGAGCUAUUUUGUUUGAUCCUCAAGUUGCAACGGGGAAUCAUUCUCAUGAGAACGGGUCAUUUGUGAAUGAUCAUAGUAGUAGUGUUCAUAAUGCCUUUUCACAUCAACCUUUGAUUCAGCAAGCUGGCCCUUCAAAUUCGGGUCCUUCACAACAGGUGAUAGGACCUGUUGUUCAAAUUCAACCUCUUGUCAGUUAUCAACCUUUUACGUCUCUGGAAUGGCUGGAACUUGACCAUUCCCCUUCGUUACAUGCGUUUAUGAUGGAGCUGCUGAAUGAAGAUUUUUCAGAACUAGAUGCGGGAUUGAGCGAAAACGUAAUAAUGCAGAACAUUAAGCGUGAACGUUUCACGUUUGUCAUUGAUGAAGAGAAUCCCGAAGACAAAGAAAAAUGCACCAUUUGUCUGGAGGAUUUUGAAGACGGAGAAGAAAUUGCGAAGAUGGAUUUAUGUAUUCACAAGUUUCACGUUCAAUGCAUCAAACAAUGGCUCAUGGAAAGGAACGUUUGCCCAAUCUGCAAACGCACUGCUUUGACUGUGAACAAUGAUCAAAAUGAAGGUUGAAGCUAUUUAGGGCAAGGGUUAGAGUCUUAGAGACAACCGGACUUUACUUUUAGAUGAUGUAACUUUUGCAGAAUUUUGUAGAAGAAUUAGGAGAAUCAAAUGAAUAUUUGAAGCUAAGGCUUGUUUGAUUUA